AUGAGGCAUGCUCGAUCAGAUAGAGCUUUGGAGCUCCAAAUCCACCUCUCCUCGGUAAGGGUACCUCUUCCUUCUGAUCCUGACGAUGAAUAUUUCUGGUGUGUGAAUGAAAUGGAACUGGAAAAAUUCUCCGCAAAGUACACUUGGGAUUCUUUACGGCCUCGAGGACCUGUACAGGAAUGGACUGCUAAUGUAUGGUUCAAGGGUGCAGUAACUCGUCAUGCUUUUCACUUCUGGGUUACUCAUCUCGACAGGUUGCCAACCAGGUCUCGUCUAGCCUCCUGGGGUCUUUCUGUUGAUCAAUCAUGCUGCCUGUGUGGAAAUGCGCAGGAGAGCAGGGACCACCUGUUCUUAAGAUGUGAAGUUAGUAGGCAUCUAUGGUCUCUGAUCACAAGGCGACUAGGAUACAGAACCUUCACCUUCCACACUUGGACAACUUUCACUUCCUGGCUGGGUUCUCAGCACCCCACCCACUCAUCUACCUUGCGUCGUCUUGCAGCCCAAGCAACAAUCUACAUCCUCUGGUAUGAGCGCAAUAGCCGUCUCCACAACAACAUGUCAUCAUCACCAGCGGCUCUGUUCAAGCAACUUGACAGGCUGAUCAAAGAUACCAUUCUUGCUCGACGAAAGAUGAAGGCUUUCGGUGGGCUCCUUAGGCGCUGGCUUGCCUUCGCCUAG